AGGGAAAAGAGAGAGCAAGCAGUAAGAGGGAGGGUAGUGGGAAGUGGUUGCUAUCAAGCUAUGUUUUUGACAUCAUCCCCUUGCGCCUCUAGUUCCACAGCUCUAGAGAGAGAGAGAGAGAGAGAGAGUGAGUUGUGUCUGUGAAAAGCGGUGAGGGGAGAGCUGCAAGACCUGUGUCUGGUUUCCUUCCGAUUCCUCGUUACUUCUUAGCGGAGUCAGGGUCUCAGCAAUCCAGGGGGCAAGAAACGAGAGCGGGACUCGCCCACAGGGGGGUGGGGAGGGGGGGACACCAGCGAGUUACCCGCGAAGGGACAUCGAGAGUUAUUGAAAAAGGAGUGUUUGUAUAACUAAGAAGAGAGGGAGUACUAACACCAUACGAGAAGCAGAGAAAGAUCAGCGGCAAACCGACCAUCACCGGUAGCAUUUAAGCCAACGGAAAGAGAGUCCCUCACCAGGGUUGGGAUAUUUAAAAACAGAAAAGAGGCCCCGUUGGAUCUGCUUUCUGGAGAUUACUGUACAAGAGCGAUAUUUCACAGCAGGACAACUAAACACCUUGAGUUGGACAAACCAAUGCCAAGCCGUUCGCCUCCUCAGACAGUCUAGCAAAGGUCCAAGAGGUAGCAAGCUGGCUUUUGGAAAUGAACCAGGAACUGCUGUCUGGGGGCAGCAAGAGGCGCCGGCCAGGUGGCUCUGUGCGAGGUAACGCCUCCUCCAGCGGAGCAGCCCACGAGGGAGGAGAGGAGAGGGAGGAGGAGGAGGAGGACCACAUGGACAGAGUGGUGGAGGAGGAAGAAGAGCAGCAGCAGCAGCAGCAGUCAUCACAGGAAGGAGGGGAUCAGUCUUCCGGGCCUGCAGGGGGCAGCACAAGCAAUUGUGAAGCGGCAUCUGCUAGCAACGUCAAUGGAUCAGGAGACGACCCUGCACAGGAGGGCGCAGCAGCAGGACAAGAGGAGGAUGAGGACAACGAGGAAGAGGAGGAGGAGGAAGAGGAGGAAGUAGUAGAGGAGGAGGAGGUGCCAGAAGGAAAUAACAAUAUCUGCAGGGUCUUGGAGGAGGAAAGGUCGGGAAGCUGUGCAUGCAAGGAAAACGAGGAGGGAGGAGAGCCUGAGGAGGAAGAGGAGGAGGAGGAGGAGGAGGAGGAGGACGAAGAGGAGAUGGACCAGGACAGUGAUGAUUUUGAGCAGUCUGAGGACAGCGGCAGGGAAGAGGAGUCACCAGCACACAGAAACCCUGUUGAUAACAUGGACCGGUCUUCAGCACAGCAGCAGUCGCCAUUCUUCAAGGCAAAGGACCAAAGCCACCCAUUUGGAAGGAUGGGGAACAGAACUAUGAAAAGAGUUGCAUUCUUACUGAUGAAGAGAAAGAUGGACCAUGGCCCUGAGGUCCGGUCUUUCCCUUUAGGAAAGAAGCACUGCAAAGGCUCAGAGUACACAAGCAGUACAGGGCUGGUUCCGUAUUCAGCCACACCCACCACCUUCGGUGACAUAAGGGCAGCAAAUGGACAAGGGCAACAUCGGCGCCGGAUCACAUCCGUCCCGCCUCCUACUGGACUUCAAGAAUGGCUAAGGACAUUUCAGAGCUGGAGUGGACCAGAGAAGCUGCUUGCAUUAGACGAGCUCAUAGACAGCUGCGAGCCGACACAAGUGAAACACAUGAUGCAAGUGAUCGAGCCGCAGUUCCAACGAGACUUCAUCUCCCUUUUACCGAAAGAGCUGGCGCUUUAUGUGCUCUCAUUCCUGGAACCCAAGGACCUGCUGCAAGCGGCACAGACCUGCCGCUACUGGCGCAUCCUCGCUGAGGACAACCUGCUGUGGAGGGAGAAGUGCAGGGAGGACGGUAUAGAUGAGCCCCUGCACAUCAAGAAGAGGAAACUGAACAAACCUGGCUUCACACACAGUCCCUGGAAAAGUGCUUACAUCAGGCAGCACAGAAUAGACACAAACUGGCGAAGAGGAGAACUUAAAUCACCCAAGGUGCUUAAAGGUCAUGACGAUCACGUGAUCACAUGCCUUCAGUUCUGUGGUAACCGAAUUGUCAGUGGUUCAGACGACAACACGCUUAAAGUCUGGUCAGCAGUCACAGGAAAGUGUUUAAGAACGUUAGUUGGACAUACGGGUGGUGUCUGGUCAUCCCAAAUGAGGGACAAUAUUAUUAUCAGUGGCUCAACAGACCGGACGCUGAAAGUAUGGAACGCAGAGACCGGGGAAUGUAUCCACACGCUCUACGGGCAUACCUCUACUGUCCGCUGCAUGCAUCUGCACGAAAAAAGGGUGGUGAGUGGGUCCCGGGACGCCACGCUUAGAGUCUGGGACAUCGAGACAGGCCAGUGUUUACACGUCCUGAUGGGCCACGUGGCAGCAGUGCGGUGCGUUCAGUACGAUGGCAGGAGAGUGGUGAGCGGAGCCUACGACUUCAUGGUAAAAGUGUGGGAUCCCGAGACUGAAACCUGCCUGCACACACUUCAGGGACACACCAACAGGGUCUACUCAUUACAGUUUGAUGGCAUCCAUGUAGUAAGUGGUUCUCUAGACACCUCAAUCCGUGUUUGGGAUGUGGAGACAGGAAACUGCAUUCACACAUUAACGGGACAUCAGUCAUUAACAAGCGGGAUGGAGCUCAAAGACAACAUUCUGGUCUCUGGCAAUGCUGACUCCACCGUCAAAAUCUGGGACAUCAAAACAGGACAGUGUUUACAGACGCUGCAAGGCCCCCAUAAACACCAGAGCGCCGUAACUUGCCUACAGUUCAACAAGAACUUUGUAAUAACCAGCUCGGAUGACGGGACUGUGAAACUGUGGGACCUGAAAACGGGCGAGUUCAUCCGCAACCUGGUGACGCUAGAGAGUGGGGGCAGCGGCGGGGUGGUGUGGCGGAUCCGGGCAUCCAACACCAAGCUGGUGUGCGCGGUGGGCAGCCGCAAUGGCACAGAGGAGACAAAGCUGCUUGUGCUGGACUUCGAUGUGGAUAUGAAAUGAAGGACGAGGGAGCAAGACAAGGUCUUGAAGUGUGUCCGAGCGUUACAUAAAUACACUUCACCCCCACCCCUCCAUACCACCCACCCCCCUAACCCCCUCCCGCUCCUGGGCUCUUGGUGGAAGAGGAUGCUGGUGUGGGGCAACAUGACACAGCGGUGAAGACCUGUAAACUGACGGGAAGGGGAGCAGAAGAGGGAGGAGGAUGAUAACUGACAAACAGGCACACGUGCUGUCAUCACAUAUGUGACUUCCCUUUUUGACUCGGGGGUCAGCACAGAGACUUGUUUACUCAAGCCUGGUGCAACCGUUCUAUUUUUGCUUUUCACAUAAACAGGCCAAUAAUUAAUGGACUAUCCGCUGUAUACAUAAGUUAAAAGGAUAAAAAGAAACAAAAGUUGUCAUGUAAGAAAUGUUGUAUAGUGUAAAAAUAAACAAAAAAAAAACAAGCUUAUCAGAGAAAGCCAAGAACUGGUCAACUUUUAAACCAGGGGGCAUCUGCCUCAGUUAUAUAUAUAUAUAUAUUUUGUUGUUGUUUUUCUGUCUCUUGUUUCCUGGUUUGAAAACUGAAAAAAAAGAAAACUUACUGUGAAUUUUAGUUAUUUUGUACAUUGUGAUCAAUACAAUGAAACCUUUUGCCUAAUGUUGCCAACAACAAUCAGUCACAGUAUUAACCUCUGUUUCUCUCUCUCUCUCUCUCUCUCUCUCUGUCUCUAUCCACUCUUACGCUUUUGUUUUUAAAUCUGAGUUUAUUGCUCCGCAAAGGCAAGCUGUCCUGAGUUUUUCAAAGUGUCCGGCUGGGUUAGUUCCUCAACGCUGGUGCUAUGCUUGGUGGGAGGGGGGGUCUCUGUGAGCUUAUGGGAAUGACGUCCCAUCCCUGUACUGUAUUCCCAGUGGCCAAACUUUAUGCUGCUAAAAAAAUAAAAGAACAGAAAGGUGGAACUUAUUGCUGCGACGUUUUAGUCCCAGACUUCCAAAUUUACUCUAGUUUGGACUUUUAAAAAAGAGAAACAAAUAUAAACAAAAUUUUGCCACUGAAACUUGAGCCAAAUGUGCCUCUAAGAGGCUGAGAGUUGGAAAGUGUUGGACAGAUGAAGACAGAUUUGCCUGCGAGUAAAAAACAAAAAUGAGUGCAGAUAUUUUUUGUGUGUGUGUUUCUGCAAAAUGUUGACACAUUCCUAAGGGGAUUUUUUUUGCUUUUUGAGGGCUGUGGUGAAUGGAAUAAAAUAUAUAUAUAUCUCAAAUAUACCGACAAAUAUAUAAAAAGAAAUACAAAAAGAAAGAAUAGAGUUGCUGGUCAGUCUUAGUGUUAAAAGUAUAACGAAUAUUACAGUGGUCUUGCUGUGAGCUACUAACAAAACAGUUAUGGUUUGUGUAUAGAAAGCACCACAGGCAAAACAAAAGAAAAUAGCCAAAUGAUUUGCCUCAUUCUCCAAGAGCCACACAACUCAAGCUGAACUGUGAAAGUGGUAAAACACUGUAUAUUAAACAAUCUUGUUCUUUUUCUUCUCUUGAUUUUUUCCCCCCUGUUAAUUUAUAGUCUGGUUUAAGAAAUCAGAUUUCCAGGAGUUUUAUUUUUCAGUUCAUGUAACUGCCUGACGUAACAGACAGAAAAACCUUAAAGGGAUUGUGUCUAUCGUUUGAUUCACUUAGAAUUUUUAUUUUCUUAUAACUUAAGUGCAAUAAAAUGUGGGUUCUUUUUUUUUCAUUUCAA